AUGGAGGAAGCCUGGCUUCUUAUACAUCGAGGAGCACGACUGGAUGCCGACAAUGAUGACAGUGGUAACCGACCAAUACACGAAUUAAUAAUAGACAGAGAUUUUGGAUCAAGACGCGUAAGAGUCACGAGCAGAAGAAUGUUAUACCAGAUGAUCCGACAAGGGGUGGAUCUAUCAGCCAAAAAUAGAGAAGGUCAAGCAGCAAUCCACCUAGCCGCAAAGCAAGGUAUAUGGGACUUAUUCAACGUCUUGCUGGAGGAAGGCUCAAAAAUCAACCUAGAAGACGACAAUGGAAGAACAGCAUUAUUCUACGCAGUAGAAGGAAGACAAAAGGGAAAAGUGGAUAAACUACUUCGGAUGGGCGCUGGAGUUAAUCACACUGAAAAUCAAGGAAUGACGCCAUUGAUGAUGGUCCUUAACAAACGAGUAGACUACGUCCACGCAAUGAGAAAUGACUGGAGCAGUGAGUACACAACUCUCGUCAAUAUUGUAAAAAUUUUGCUAACCUUCGGAGCAAAAGUGAACCAACGCACUACAGAAAAAGGCAUCACGGCAUUACACAUGGCUGCACAUAGAGGAUACGAGGAAAUAACUAGACUGUUGCUAAUCAACGGAGCAGAUAUCAACGCAAAGACAAAAAGAGGGAGGUACGUUCCGCAAUUCAGCAAGUAUCACAGAGAAGUAGCUGACAUGCCAAGGGAUUACGACCCUGGUAUUCCAAAAAACACAUGGAACCACGCAACUCGCGGCCAAGUACAAGUAUAUGACCUAAUCAAAUGUUGGCUUUUGAAGUUACGGGCAGGAGGUAAAGAGAUAGCGGAGGAAUUGAAAUCAGAAAUAGCAUGCGUCGAGGAAAAAUACGAAGAAUACGAAACCAUAGUAUUGAAUGAAAUGGAGAUAUGA